AUGAUCACCCUUGAAACGCGCUCAGGAGGCCCGUAUGCCUCUAACACUGCAGGUUUGGGAGGUGUACCCAGCGUUCUGCCCGAUAUCCCCAUCUCAGCUGUGUUUAUUGCGAUGUACAUCGGAUUCGCCGCUACGAACAUGACCAUAUUCCAGAAAAACCGCCGAAGGGGCCACAAAUUCGUUUUGUCAGGGAUGUUAUUUGGCUUUUGCAUGACAAGAAUCACAACGCUUGUGCUCCGUAUCGCCUGGUCAAAUCGACAGCACAAUAUUCGACUGGCUAUCGCGGCCAAUAUCUUCGUCAAUGCGGGUGUACUUCUCGUGUACAUCAUCAACCUGAUACUCGCGCAGCGCAUCCUCCGAGCAAAACAACCACACAUCGGUUGGAAUCCAGUGCUACGAGUCGCAUACAAGGUUCUCUUUGCCUCAAUUGCUGGAGCUUUGGUGAUGGUGAUCACGGCUACCGUUGUUUCCCUCUACACCCUCGACAUGCAUACGCGGACUCAGUGUCGCGAUGUGCAACUCGCGGCGCUGACCUUCCUCCUCGUCAUCACCUGUCUGCCGGCCAUUCACCUUCUUCUUGCCGUCCUGCUACCGCGGUCUCCACGGGAAGAACUCUUCGGUCAAGGAAGCAUGGCCAGCAAGAUGAUCAUCUUGACCCUUUCGUCAGGGCUGUGCAUGUUCAUUGCGGGCUUCAAGGCCGGCGCCACUUGGAGCACACCGCGACCAGUCGCUGAUCCUGCAUGGUUCGAUUCCAAGGCUUGUUUCUACAUAUUCAACUUCGCGUUCGAGAUUCUUAUCUUAAUCACCCUGACCUUCAGUCGGAUUGACAAGCGAUUCCACAUUCCUAAUGGAUCCACGAAGCCUGGAGAUUACAGUGGCCUCAAUGAUGAAUCAGGAAAGUCGGAUCCUGACGCAUUCACAGUUCCUAUUGAGACCAAGAGAACUAUUAGAUUAUAG